AUGGCAAAGGUAAGCUCAAGGACUAUCAACUUUUCUAGUUUCUUAAUCAAUGUUUAUGGCCCUACUAAAACAACAUAUAAGUGCCAGCUAUGGGAGGAAAUUUCCAAGAUUUUAGAGGAUAUAAGGCUGGCCUUAAUGAUUGUUGUGGGGGAUUUCAAUGCCACCCUCUCCCAUUCGGACAAACGCGGAGGGGUGAGAAGGAUGUGCAUGAUUCAAUCUAAUUUUCAGACCUUUGUGGAUUCUAACGCUUUGUUUGAGGUGGCUGCUAAAGGGGGGAACUUUACAUGGACCAAUAGGCAUUUGGGAUUCUCCAACAUAGCUGAGAAAUGUGAUAGGUUUUUUUUAGCAGGGGAUUGGAACCUUGCUCCCCUUAUUUUUGAGGCGAAAAUUUUGGCUAUUUUGGGUUCGGAUCACUUCCCGGUCUCACUUGUUGUGCAGAAGGAUGGAGUUAUACUCAAAUGUCCCUUUAAGGUGGAAAAGAUGUGGCUAAGGGAGCAGGGCUUCAGUGAUCAGGUGGUUUGGUGGUGGAAGGAGACCCCUGUGGUCAAAGGUUUCUUGGCCUAUCAGUUCUUUAAAAAGCUAAGCGAUGUUAAACAGAAACUGAAAAGAUGGAACAAGGAUGUUUUUGGAAAUAUCUUUGAAGAAAAACAAAAGAUUGAAGGUGAGUUAGGGAAUCUGAACUCGAAAGUCAUUGGAGAGGGUAUGGACGAGGUGGACUACCUCAUGGAGAAAGACCUGCUUAGUAGAUAUGGGGAAGUUUUGUAG